AUCGGAGUUUCGGACUUCACGGUUGCAGCCUUGCAGGCGCGGUGGGGGAGCGGUCGCCUUCGCUAGUUCUCUUUGCUUCGACAUUCCACCGCUGCGACCCUCCCCCGGAAAUUAAUUUACUUGUAUUAUUAUUAGAAUAUAAUAUAGAUCUCUGGCUUCCAGUUCUGCCCUCAUCCGUCUGCUUAAUUCCUCUCCCCUGUCUUCUUCUACCGCCCCUAUCUCUUCAUAUAAGAGAGAGUGAACUUUCUCUUCUCUCUCGCGCUCCCUCUCAGAGUUCAGACAACACAAAACUUUGGCCUUAUUUUUCAUGGCGGAUUGUUAAGAUUAAUUACUUGUUUUGCGAGCUUGUAUCGAGUUGAAGUAUGCCUGAAUUUGUCAUGGAUGGAAUCAAUGGAGAGGGUACUGAGAGUGAAGUAAAUGGCAAGUCAUCACCUAUUAAGGAAAAUUUAACUGUGAAUCGGUCCCCGAGGAGUACAUUGAGUCCCCAAAGCCCCCAGAGUGCUCUUGAUAUGCCUUUGGAUGGCAUGGUCGACACCUCCAUCGAGCAGCUUUAUGAGAAUGUCUAUGAGAUGCAGAGUUCUGACCAGUCACCAUCCAGAAUUAGCUAUGGAUCUGAUGGUGAAGAAUCAAGGAUUGAUUCUGAGUUACGCCACCUUGUUGGGGGAGAGAUGAGGGAGGUGGAGAUAGUGCAAGAGGAGGUGGUGGAGAAGCCAGAAGUGAACAGUAGAAGUGGUUCAAUUUCUAAGCAAGAAAAUGGUACAGAUAAGAAGUCCAGGCAUACUGAUAAUACUCAAUCUACCAGUGCAAAGUCCACUUCUUCAAUAAAAUCAAAGAGACCUUCUCGAUUGCAGGUAGACUCUGAGGUUUCAACAAAAACAAGUCCUAGGACACACGGUAAACCUCCUCUUGAUAGACUAGGUGAUAAUAAUUCAAUAAAACCAAAUACUGGAGUUUCCCCUGUAAAGAAACCAAGAAAUUUUGGUCUAGGAAGGACAACACUACAGAACGGAACCGAGGAUCCAUCAGAGGCAGGUGUAGACAACCAAAACCAUGGGCCUUUUCUACUUAAACAAGCGAGAGACUUGAUUUCUUCUGGUAGUAAUCCCCACAAAGCUCUUCAAUUUUCUCUUCGAGCUGCAAAAUCAUUUGAAAGAUGUGCGAAUGGGAAACCCAGUUUAGAUUUGGUCAUGAGUUUGCAUGUUAUAGCAGCAAUAUACUGCAACUUAGGCCAGUAUGCUCAGGCCAUUCCUGUGCUUGAGCGCUCAAUUGAGAUUCCAAUUGUGGAAGAAGACCAAGAUCAUGCUCUUGCUAAAUUUGCUGGACACAUGCAGUUGGGUGAUACAUAUGCAAUGUUAGGUCAGCUUGAGAAUUCCGUAGUAUACUACACAGUGGGUUUGGAGGUCCAGAAACAAGCAUUAGGGGAAAUGGACCCAAGAGUUGGUGAGACUUGUCGCUACUUGGCUGAAGCUCAUGUUCAGGCAUUGCAGUUUGAUGAGGCUGAGAAGCUCUGUAAGAUGGCUCUUGACAUCCAUAAAGAGAACGGUGCACCUGCUUCGCUGGAAGAAGCGGCAGACAGAAGGCUGAUGGGUCUUAUCUGUGAGACAAAGGGAGACCAUGAAGCAGCUCUUGAGCAUCUUGUUUUAGCUAGCAUGACCAUGGUGGCCAAUGGCCAAGAAACAGAGGUGGCUUUUGUUGAUUGCAGUAUUGGAGAUACUUACUUAUCAUUGGCUCGGUAUGACGAGGCUGAUUUUGCUUAUCAAAAAGCACUGACAGUGUUCAAGUCCAGCAAAGGGGAGAACCAUCCAAGUGUUGCUUAUGUCUUUGUCCGUCUUGCUAAUUUAUAUAACAAGACCGGGAAAAUCAGAGAGUCCAAGUCUUAUUGUGAAAAUGCCCUAAGGAUAUAUGAGAAGCCCAUUCCAGGUAUACCUCCGGAGGAGAUUGCUAGUGGUCUUACUGAUGUCUCGGCUAUCUAUGAAUCUAUGAAUGAACUCGAGCAGGCACUGAAGUUGCUUCAGAAAGCUUUAACGAUAUAUGACAAUGCUCCUGGUCAGCAGAACACCAUUGCAGGUAUCGAGGCCCAGGUGGGAGUCAUGUACUACAUGAUGGGGAACUACAAUGACUCGUAUAUUUCUUUCAGUAAUGCUAUAACAAAGCUUCGGGCAAGUGGGGAGAAGAAAUCUGCUUUCUUUGGGAUUGCUCUGAAUCAAAUGGGACUUGCUUGUGUUCAACGUUAUGCAAUAAAUGAGGCUGCGGAUCUAUUUGAAGAAGCAAGGAAUAUUCUGGAGCAAGAAUAUGGACCAUAUCAUCCUGAUACAUUAGGAGUUUAUAGCAACCUUGCUGGUACUUAUGAUGCAAUGGGCAGGUUGGAUGAUGCCAUUGAGAUUUUAGAAUAUGUUGUUGGGAUGAGAGAGGAGAAGCUAGGGACAGCAAAUCCUGAUGUGGAUGAUGAGAAGAGGAGGUUGGCUGAAUUAUUGAAGGAAGCAGGUAGGGUGCGGAACAGGAAAGUGAGAUCACUAGAAACCCUUCUUGAUACCAAUACUCAUUCUGUAAAAGAAGAUGCCUUAAGAGUAUAAUUAUUCUGGUGAUGCAUGAAAGCAUUUGUGUAAAAUAGCAUAGUUAAAGGAAAAGAUUAGCUGAUGGGUGUAUUAAUUAGAUUCUUGUUGGAAGGGUUGAAAGAAAUAACAAAGGGAGGAACUUUUGAUUGCAAUGAUUGAUUAUAUUAUUCUUUUCGUUGGUUAAGGGGGUCGGUGGUUGUAUUUGUCUUUUAUUAUUUUAGGAAUUGAUGAAAUUCCUAUGGUGACUUUCUGAUUUUUGUAUUCUAUUGUUUAAAGAAUGAAUGAAAUCUCUCUCUCUCACA